AUGUCGCUCAAGAGCAUCUGGCAUUUUCCCCGAAAGUACAAGACACUGGUCUUUUUGGUACCGAUCACGUUUUGGCUGUGUAACUUAGUUUACAGAGGCGAAAACUCGCCGGUCGAUUGCGCUCAAGACGUUGCCACCGCGGAAUUCAACAUGAAUCGCACGUUCAAGCAGAUCAGCGUUCGUCUGGGGCAUUGGGAACAUGUUGCGAGUGACUCCGGCUUGGACAACCGUUCUUUGCUGUUGCUGUACAGAGAUUUCAACCACGCCAACCCCCACCCGUUCAGGUAUCUGAUUUUCAACGAAGAUCUUUGCAAAGGCAGCCGUUCAGACGUCUACCUGCUUGUCGUCGUGCACACUCAUCCGAGGAACUUUAAUCGUCGAAUGUUCAUGCGCAAGACAUGGGCCAAUCCCGUUCUCUAUCCUUAUCUGCAGAUGGUGGUACUGUUUGCCAUGGGCUCGGCGAACGACACGUCCGAAGAUUUUAACACCGCGGUGCGGGUCGAAAGCAACAGGUUUCAUGACAUCGUCCAAGAAGACUUUCUCGAUUCGUACAGGAACCUGACGUACAAGGCGAUCAUGUGGCUGAGGUGGUCCGCCUUCUACUGUCCCCAGGUGGCGUACGUGCUGAAAAUCGACGACGACAUAUUCUCAAUUUUCUGCUUGAACUGGAAAAAUAUGGAAGUUAUCCGAGACAACGGUAGCAAAUGGUACGUUUCUAAAGAGGACUAUCCAAGCGACCAGUACUUGUCCUACUGUUCAGGAAGCGCAUACUUGCUUACAGCCGAUGCCUUGUUCCCCAUGUAUAAAGCGUCGCGCAGGGUGAGGUUCUUUUGGGUCGACGACGUGUACGUGACAGGCCUACUGCGAACGUACAGUGGCGUGGAAGUGAAGAGUAUCGCAUCGAUGUACACACUUUCGUGUUCGGAACUGAUGGUGGACCUGUUUCGCAAAUUUACGCUGUUUUGUCAUCUUCCUGCGAACAUGAAUCAAUUUUAUGAGUUGUGGAACUCUCUGAUCAAACUCUACAACCUACCUCAGAUCAAUUCCUGA